UAUUGAACAUCAAUUGUGGAUUGUUUAUUCUACUAGGUUCUAGGGAUACAAUGGUAAACUGAACAGAUAUGGUUCCUGCCACUCAGAAGACAUUUGUUAAAUGAUUAUGUGACUACUUGAGGGGCAGGAUUGUGGAAAUGUAUGUAAUGUUCCAUGAAUUUUAUGGCUUUUGUCAGAGGUGUAUGUCAAGCUUUAUUCCAUUUGCUGAUAGGUAUUUCAUUGCUCUGUUCAGGGAGAUUCCCCAAGAACAUUCGCGUGAUAUAGGUAUUUCUGAAGGUACCAUGAAUAAGUUGAACACACGCCCCUUGAAAGUAAUUUUACUUAAACAUUUAUGUAAACGGUCAAUGGAUAGCCUCCUUGGGUUGGUAGAUUGUCCAGGACAAAGUAUCAGGUGAUGUCAUUGGCAGAACCUGCCAGGGGAGAAUUUGGCACCAUGCGGUGUCCCUGUUGGAAUGGCUGGAAUUGAUGCCAUUGGUUUCAUGAUGAACAUUUGAGAGCCUGCGCAGGGUACAAAUUUUCCCUGUGUGUAAGCAUGUAAUAAAUCAGGGUUUCAUUUCAAAAACUUACCGGGAACCGUGUAACUUAAUUUAGCCUCAAAUAGUGUCCAAGGUGGGAGAGAGUCCAGCUUGGUCCUUUAAAAAAAAUCAUCACUUAAAGGUUCUGAUAUGGUAAUUUCCUAACCUCUCUGUUUUCUUUGAUCUUCAAAUUUCUGAAUUCCCCCACUCUGUUGAAUUUCUGUUGGUUCUGUAGAUUAGUCGGUGUGCAUCCAGAAUAGACAGUUUCAAUCAUAAUCGUAAGAGCUACUUGUUUAAUUGAGAGCUUAAUAUGUGUCGAAGAAGGAAGUUCCUUCUGUGGCUGGAGGGCAGAGAGCAAGGGUACAGCUUGCUUUCCUUAGACUGUACCAUACACAUUACAUAUAUUCAUAUAUUAUUUCCUACAGUUUUAACAGUAACCUAUGGGAUAGCCAUUUAUCAUUUCCCCUUUCUCGGAUGAAGAAACUGGGGCAUGGGAAGUUUAGUAAAUUUGCACAAGGUCACAGUAUUAGUAAGUGGUGGGAUUUGAAUCUGAAUACAUUGACACCAAAACUUGUGUUCUUGAUUUAUAUACUCUACUGUGCUAGAGGGAGGAAAAGCAAGGUGUGGAGUAGGUUAGUAAGGGGAAUAGUGUAGCAUUUUAGUCAUCUGUUAACGCUAGAACUCAGUACAAUACCCAAUAUGUAGAAAGUCCUCAGUAACUUGUUAAUAAUGAGCACGAUUAUUUUCAUCAGGGAUCUGAUUUCCCCACCCCACCCACAUUCCUUCUACAUAUUGGUCUUUAGCAUUGCCAGUAAUUUACCUGCUUUCAUCCACUUCUCUCCACUCUUGUCCAUUUUCCCCUCAUCGCCUCCCCUCACCUCCAUGAAGUAUCGUCACCUCUGACUAGGACUAUGGCAGUAGCUAAUCUUGUUGCUCCUCUGGGUGGUUCUCAACACAGCAGCCAGAGGGACCUUUCUAAAAACACAAAUCUGAGCCUGCUUAUAACCUCUCAAUGGUUUCCUCUUCAUCUUGGAAGAAAAUCAGUGACUCUUCCCUUGUCUCCUGGGUCCUGAUGGUCUGAUUGUAGCCACUGCCUCAGUCUCAUGGAUACCCAUGAUUCCCCUUACUGUCUGACCUCCAGCCGCAGUGGAGCUUCCUUCUAACUCCCCACUUCAGGAUUCUUGCACAUGUUUUACCACUGUUCAGAAGACUCUUCUCCCAUUCCCCUCUUCACACCCAGAAUCCAUAACUGCUACUCCCCACUCACAUUGAAGCCCGGAGGUCCCUGCUUAAGGGAAGCCUUUCCUGACCCUUACAUAUUAAGCUUUCCCAGUUCCUUGUCACAUUUAUCACAAGUUACAUUAAAUACUUGGGUGAUUAUUUAAGAUGUGUCCCAUUAGAUUUGAAGCUCCAAGACUUUGCACAGUGCCUGGGAUGUAGAAAGUGUUCCAUAAAUAUUCAACAAAAGAAAAAAUGAAAAAUGAACAAAGAAUACAAAGGGCCAGGAACAGCUUGUCAGAGACAUCUGGCUGGAUAUUUCCCAUUAUUAAAGGGAAACUAAAGAAAGAUCACUUCAUCACAUGAAAUUCAAGUUUGAGUAUGGCUUAUAGAGAUUGCGCUGUUUUCCACCCGUUUACUUUGAAGACAGUCUCAGGCACAGAAAAGUGAAGUAACUUGCCCAGGAUACACAGCUAGUCCAUAUCAGAUGUCUUUGUUCUGACCUUUGAAUUGUGUGUAGGGAAGAACAGACAUUUUCAUAAAUCUGCAGGACAUCUUUGAUGUGCUGAGUCUGUAGGAGCUGCAUCAAUAUUUGAUAUUAUUGACGCUGUCAUGUCAGAAUUUUAAAGUGUCUUUUGAGAGUAUCUGUUAUUAUUGCAGUGAGUUCAGAGUUUAAUUGGAUGACAAUUUAAGAAUAUGCAGAAGUAUGGGCUAAAGAUGUCCUAAAAGAUACUGCCCACAGUAAGAAGCAGCUUGUGUCUGAUUUUCACCAAGACUGAGCAAGGGAUAGCACUCCUUAUAUUCUUGGGGUCUGAGGGUAAGGAAUGUUGCCCAGAUCUCGACCCUGUCAGCAGGAAAGCAUGUUCGAUGAGCAACCUCCAGUUCCAAAAAUGCUUUUGCAUGGAUGCAAAGCAGCUAGAGCUGUGUGAUGAGCUGCUGCCAGAGGUCUCCCCAGUUGAGAGGAGACACAAGCUGUCCCACAGCCCUCCUGGAUUCUGUGGCUCUUUUCGGUGUUAGAAAUUCACCGGGAUGUAAAAUUACCUCUGCCUUCAUGUUCUCUAAUAACACAUAGUCACUGCAAGCCCCCACCGGUACCCGUACCCAUGCUCGAGAGGGCUCAGUGAGCAUCCCAGGUGUCGCCUGGCUGCUGGCUUGGGUUUUUGGUGGUGCCUUGGUCCUCGUGAAGCCCCUGUUGCAGGGUGAGGCAGCAGUUUUUUGUCCUGCAGGUACAGUAGGUACUGGAUUAAACAGGUCUGCUGUUGCAGACAGACACCGGGCACCGUUGUAGCACGAGCUGUGUUUGGAUUGGAGUUUCCAGGGCCUUAUCAGGAGCCACCCCUAGUGACACAGCCAGUGCCAGAACUAACUUUGACUUUCACUCUUCGCCAAGGGCUUGCAGAACACCUUAAAGGAAAAAAGAUGGAGGCGCUUAGAGUUCAGAUGUUCAUGCCUUGUUCCUUUGAAAGCUUUUAUCUCAGUUCCGAGGAGCAUCCUGGGGCCUCCAAGCCUCCGAUAAGCUCCUCCAGUAUGACAUCACGCAUCUUGCUACGCCAGCAACUCAUGCGUGAGCAGAUGCAGGAGCAGGAACGCAGGGAGCAGCAGCAGAAGCUGCAGGCGGCCCAGUUCAUGCAACAGAGAGUGCCUGUGAGUCAGACUCCAGCCAUAAACGUCAGCGUGCCCACCACCCUCCCCUCUGCCACCCAGGUGCCGAUGGAAGUCCUUAAGGUGCAGACCCACCUCGAAAACCCCACCAAGUACCACAUACAGCAAGCCCAAAGGCAGCAGGUAAAGCAGUACCUUUCUACCACUUUAGCAAAUAAACAUGCCAACCAAGUCCUGAGCUUGCCAUGUCCAAACCAGCCUGGCGACCAUGUCAUGCCACCAGUGCCGGGGAGCAGCGCACCCAACAGCCCCAUGGCUAUGCUUACACUUAACUCCAACUGUGAAAAAGAGGGAUUUUAUAAGUUUGAAGAGCAAAACAGGGCGGAGAGCGAAUGCCCAAGUAUGAACACACAUUCACGAGCAUCGUGCAUGCAGAUGGAUGAUGUAAUUGAUGACAUCAUUAGCCUAGAAUCAAGUUAUAAUGAAGAAAUCCUGGGCUUGAUGGAUCCCGCCUUGCAAAUGGCAAAUACGUUACCUGUCUCUGGAAACUUGAUUGACCUUUAUGGAAAUCAAGGCCUGCCACCCCCAGGCCUCACCAUCAGUAACUCCUGCCCAGCCAACCUUCCCAACAUAAAAAGGGAGCUCACAGCGUGUAUUUUUCCCACAGAGUCUGAAGCGAGAGCAUUGGCCAAAGAGAGACAAAAAAAGGACAAUCACAACUUGAUUGAACGAAGAAGAAGAUUUAACAUAAAUGACCGCAUUAAGGAACUAGGUACUUUGAUUCCCAAGUCAAAUGAUCCAGACAUGCGCUGGAACAAGGGAACCAUUUUAAAAGCAUCCGUGGACUAUAUCCGAAAGUUGCAACGGGAACAGCAACGUGCGAAAGAGCUUGAAAACAGACAGAAGAAGCUGGAGCAUGCCAACCGGCACUUGUUACUCAGAAUACAGGAACUUGAAAUGCAGGCUCGAGCUCACGGACUUUCCCUUAUCCCAUCCACGGGUCUCUGCUCUCCAGAUCUGGUGAGUCGGAUCAUCAAGCAGGAACCCGCUCUUGAGAACUGCAACCAAGACCUCCUCCAGCAUCAUGCAGACCUCACGUGUACAACAACCCUGGAUCUCACAGACGGCACCAUCACCUUCAACAACAGCCUCGGAGCUGGGACCGAGAGCAGCCAAGCCUACAGCGUCCCUGCAAAAAUGGGGUCCAAACUGGAAGACAUCCUCAUGGACGACACCCUUUCUCCUGUUGGCAUAACUGAUCCACUUCUUUCCUCGGUGUCCCCUGGAGCAUCCAAAACCAGCAGCCGAAGGAGCAGUAUGAGCAUGGAAGAAACCGAACAUGCUUGCUAGCAAAUUCUCCCUGCUCUGCUUUCUCACAAACUGCUUCCUUUCUUGAUCAGCAGAUUUAAUAAUUUACCUGAAAGGGGUUUUCUUGAUCAUUUUCUUUUAAUAUGAAAAAAAAUUUUUUUUUCAUGCUUUAUCAAUAGCCCAGGAUAUAUUUUAUUUUUAGAAUUUUGUGAAACAGACUUGUAUAUUCUAUUUUACAACUACAAAUGCCUCCAAAGUAUUGUACGGUAGUGUACAGUAUCUGUGAACUGAAUACACCCAGACUUUAGCUUUCAGAGCAAGAGGAUUUUGGCAUCAGAAAAAUUUCUGUCCGUUUUUAUUCAGGGGAAACUUGGUUUGCUAUCUGUAUGCCUGCAACUUCCUUGGAAAUGAAGUGUAAAAUUUAACUAAAAGAAUGUAAAGCAACCAAACAAGAAAGAGAGUGAAAGGGAGAGAGAGAGAGACAGAGAGAGAGAGAGAGAGAGGAGAAGGGUAGGGAAAAAAAGAAGAAAAAAGGAAUCUGUACUAACCUUUUUCCAUUUGGUAAAUGUAUCGAUUCAUUGGUACUGCCUUAAAGAUACAGUACCCUUUUAGCAUCAUUUAGUCUUUAUACUGCAAAUUCUUUAAAGAAAAACUGUAUUCUGUAAAAGAAAAAAAAAAUGCAGCCAUUUUCAUGUGGAUUGUCUGGUUAGAAAACAACCAAUACCUUGGGUGCAACUGGAUUGAAAGGAGAUAUAGGCCAAGGCUCUGAAACAUGGAGUCUCGUCUUGCUCUUCACUCUGUGCUCUGUUACACUUUUCCUCAUCAACGAAUGUGAUUCAGUUUUUCAUGAGAUACAUUUUAUUUUGAAAUGGACAUUACUGUCCCCUCAAAGCAAAAUAUUGAGGAGCACUGAAAGGUUUUUUUUUUUUUUUUCUCAAUUUCACUUUUGAUAAGAAAACCAAACUGGGCACAUUUCUAAUUGGCUUUACUAUUUUUAUUUUUAAAUUAUGUUUUACUGUUCAUUUGAUUUGUACAGAUUCUUUAUUAUCAUUGUUAUUUUCAUUAUGUUUGUAUUAAUUUGUAAGAAAAUGCAUCUUAAAAUGGCAAGUUUUCAAUAUUUUUACAACUCACUAGUGGUUUUCUGCAUUCUUUGUACACACGUGAAAGAAAACUUUUAUGCAAGGUCUUGCAUUUAAAGAGAGCUUUGUGAAUAUUUUGUAUAUUACAGUCUCACUCAGAACUGUUUUUCCACACAUUUAAGGUGUAGUAUAAAUAGGCUAAAACUGGCUUUCAAAAGAGAAACAACUUACAUAUUUAUUUUUAGUGAUAUAAAACUAGCAAUAUUCUUGGAGAAUGAUAACCAUAGCGUUAAUAUGCCUGUUAUGGUAAUUUAAAUUGGGGUUUAUUUCAGCAAACCUGAAUGUUUUUUUAAAGAGAGAAAUACUGUAUUGGCCAAUUACUGUUACUUGAUAACAAUGUUUUAACAAACAGCAAUGUUGUAAAGUUAGUUUCAGUGCAUUAUCUACUUGUAUAGUCCUAUGCAAUAACAGUAGUGUUACAUAUAUUCUAUCAGGCCUAGAUGUUUUCUACAGAUGACAUAUGGUGUUAAGAGGCAGGCUGUUGAAUGGAAUUUCUCAGUAGCAGCCUACGAUUGAAUAGCAAGUGGCAUAAAGCAUAUCCAUUCAGAAUGAAGUGCCUUAAAUAUAGCAGUAGUCUCUAGCACUGACUGAACUGUAACGUAGGAGAAAGUUUCAAGAUGGUAUCUAUAAUCAAGAGGGACGUGUAGCAUGGUGCCUACGUAGACAGUAGAAGAGCUUCCAGUUUUCCUUCAGAUAUUUUUAAUAUGGAAUAUAUUUUAGUGACAGAGUGCCAACUUCUUUCAUCAGGAAACCUUAUUCAGGAGGGUUUUUUAGUUUUUGUUUUUUAAGAAAAACAGUUUAAAUGUCAAAUGUGAAUUGGUGAUGGGUAUUGGAGGGUUCAGGGGGAAGGAGUGAUUGUCAGACAUUCGAAUGGAUGGCUUACAUGGACAUAAUCAACUGCAUAGUUCCCAUGCACGUUGGGCAAUGAGAAUCCUUGGAAACAUUGAUGAUGCUAUCAGUUUUAUAGCUUUAUGACUCAAGGGGGUAGGGAAAAUUAGUUCCCAUUGUUUCAACCCCUCUUAAUUGUAUAGCUCUUUUCCUAGAAUAGUGAUGCAAAUCUGCAUGAACAGCUAAUUGUACCAUAGUGUUCAUUGAUACAAUCAUAGCAUUGUCUAUUUUUUCUCUUCAUAUUUAUAUGGGGGGAGGGGAGCUGGGUGCAAAAGUCAAAGAUUGCAAUGGUAUGAUGCUAGUUUUCCUUAGCUGAUCGUGAGAGUUCUUAAAAAUAGAGCAAGGUUGACUCACCCAUGGCCCAGGGAAUUUGGCCAGGGUUAAGCCAACUUAUAGAAAGCUUUGUUGAAAGAAAGCAUGGCAUGUUGCACCACUGCCCUGACGCUCGCAGCUCCUGAGCUCACCAUCGCCUGUUUCUCCAUCCCCUUCUUAACAGACAGUUUCUGGGAGGGGACAGGUGAGCAAGCUCAGGAGAAUGCUGCAACCUUGGGGGUGGUUUUAUUUAUUUCUUUUUUGCCAAAUAGAGUGCGCAUAUGUUUUAGGGACUAGCUAAGCCAAGAGGUGGUGGUUUGGGCUCACUGUUUGUGACAAGGAGAAUGGUCCACACCACUCCCCCCAUCCCUGGGUGCACAAUUGUGACUCAGGGUUGGGCCUCCGUAUGGAGUAACCAAAAUGCCAAACUUGUACACCUGCCUCUGAGUAUGGCAAUGGAAAUACCAAACCUUCUGACUUUGCCAAAAAACCAUACAACCAACCUGGUCAUACAUAGGAUGACAGAGUUCUUUCUGGUUGUUUUAAAAUAUUAAAGCAAUAAGAACAAAUAAAAUACAUAGGAAGUUAAAAGAUAUAAAAUAAAGCACAAAGGAAUGCACUUAUUAAUCUUUUUUAAAAAUGCACUGGGGAAAGUUGAUGUUGAUAACAGUAUAUUAAAAAAAAAACCCUAUUUCUUGAAAAAAUAAAUGACAAAUGACUGUCUCUUGCGGACGCUUGGUACUGUAAUGUUCAUACUAGUCACCUGCUGUUGGAUGCAGCAAUAAUUUCUGUAUGGUCCAUAGCACUGUAUAUUAUGGAUCAAUAUUAAUGUAUCCAAUGAGAUAAUUGAACUGUUGUUCUUGAUAGCCUCAUUAAAGCAUUUGGUUUUUCACAUA